AUAGCCUAUGCAGUUGCGGUGAACCUCGCUGUGGAGCCUGGAAUUGCACUGGGGCUGUUCGCCUGUGGGUGUGCUCCAGGAGGCCUGGCUAGCAACAUCUUCACCUACCUACUGCACGGCAAUGUCAGUCUCAGCAUCACCAUGACGCUGGUCAGCACGCUAGCCUCGUUCG